AAACAAUAAUUAUUCAAACGAAUAGGAAUUCUUCGAGUGAAACAGAGCGGCUCUGGAAAGCGUCGCAAAGGCAGAAGUAGGGAUUCCGAUUAGUGUGCAAUGGUAUUGGCUGCAUGGUGCAAUCCUUCGGGCGCACUAAUGUUUCUGGCAUGCUCGCUAACAUUGGUAUUCGCUAUUAAUGUGCCCACCAUAGCGGCCACGAGCGGAAACGGUGCUCAUGCCACCCCGCUUAAUGGCAGGAAUGACGUAUUCACUAGCUCAUUUUUGGUGCGUUUCAGGCGCAGCGUUGACAAUGACUUUGCUGGCGAAGUAGCAACGCGCUAUGGAUUCGAUAAUAUUGGACCCUUAGUUGGAGGAAACGGAAACGAGUACCACUUCAAGCACAGGACAUUGCCGCAUGCUCGUUCAAGGCGUAGUAUUUCACAUACGCGGCUGCUGAAGAGUCAUCCAUUGAUUCAUACCGCGAUUCAACAGCCGGGUUUCAAACGUGUCAAGCGUGGCUUGCGUCCGGCGAUUCCAUCAAUUCAUGGUCUCAAAUUCGAUGCCACCUACAGCUCACAAACGAUUGGCGUUGAGCCCAGCGAUCCAUAUUUUCAGCUGCAGUGGUAUCUGAAGAAUACGGGUCAAAAUGGCGGAAAGAUGCGUCUGGAUCUAAAUGUGCAGGCCGCAUGGGAUCAGGGCAUUACCGGGAAAAAUGUGACAACUGCAAUAAUGGACGAUGGUGUGGAUUAUAUGCACCCCGAUUUGAAGUUUAACUAUAAUGCCGAGGCUAGUUACGACUUCAGCAGCAAUGACCCGUUUCCUUACCCGCGCUAUACCGACGAUUGGUUCAAUAGUCAUGGCACACGAUGCGCCGGUGAAGUGGCUGCCGCAAGAGAUAACGGUAUAUGCGGCGUUGGCGUGGCUUAUGACAGUAAAAUUGCAGGCAUACGCAUGUUGGAUCAGCCGUACAUGACCGACUUAAUCGAGGCCAAUUCGAUGGGUCAUGAACCGCAUAAAAUACACAUCUAUAGCGCAUCCUGGGGACCCACCGAUGAUGGCAAAACAGUUGACGGACCACGCAAUGCCACUAUGCGUGCCAUAGUGCAGGGUGUAAAUGAGGGCCGCAAUGGUUUGGGAAAUAUUUACGUGUGGGCAUCAGGAGAUGGCGGAGAAGAGGAUGAUUGCAAUUGCGAUGGUUAUGCAGCCUCAAUGUGGACAAUUUCCAUUAACAGUGCCAUUAACGAUGGACAAAAUGCACACUACGAUGAGAGUUGUAGUUCAACGCUGGCCAGCACAUUUAGUAAUGGUGCCAAGGAUCCUAACACUGGAGUGGCUACCACUGAUUUGUAUGGCAAAUGUACGACUACACAUUCUGGAACGAGUGCAGCGGCGCCAGAGGCCGCCGGGGUUUUUGCACUGGCGCUCGAAGCAAACCCAUCGCUCACUUGGCGCGACAUUCAGCACUUAACUGUGUUAACUUCAAAGCGUAAUUCACUGUUCGAUGCUAAGAAUAGAUUCCACUGGACUAUGAAUGGUGUGGGCUUGGAAUUCAAUCACUUAUUUGGCUUUGGUGUUUUGGAUGCUGGCGCUAUGGUGACACUGGCAAAACAAUGGCAUUCAGUGCCAGCGCGUUAUCAUUGUGAGGCUGGCGAAAUAAUGGAACCGCACCCAAUUUAUACUGGCCGCUCAAUGUUUUUGGAAAUAAAAACGGACUCUUGCAAAGGAACUGAUACCGAGGUUAAUUAUUUGGAGCACGUGCAGGCAGUGAUCUCAGCGAAUUCCACAAGACGAGGCGACCUAGAAUUGUUCCUUACUUCGCCAAUGGGUACCAGAUCAAUGAUAUUAUCACGACGUGCCAACGAUGAUGAUCAUCGUGACGGUUUUACAAAAUGGCCUUUUAUGACUACACAUUCAUGGGGCGAAUAUCCGCACGGCACAUGGAAAUUGGAGGCACGCUUCAACUCACCACAACCCCGUUCAGGUUGGCUCACCGAAUGGUCGCUGGUAUUGCAUGGCACCAAAGAGGCACCCUAUCGUACACUCUCACCCGCCUCACCGCACUCCAAGCUGGCUAUAGUGAAAAAGGCGCACGAGGACAGAAAAAUGCAGUAGACGACAUGUCAGCUAUCCACAAAAAUCAACUCCAUUGCUGUGGCGAAACAAAUUGAACACACACACACAUAUAUAAAGAAGGCGGAGAGGCACAAAUCAAUAGAACAAGUAAAAGAUAAAUAAAUGUGUGGAUGCCAACGGGUCAACGUUAAAGCAGGUGGCCAUGCCGCAAACCAGAGUUUCAAUAGAAAAGCAAAUACCGUUUUCAAUAGACAAAACACUCCAAAGCAAACACAAAAAAGAAUACAAAUCCAAGAAAUUUACGUAUACGGCUGAAAAGAAAUUAAUUCAAUUUUUUUAUGUAUAAUAUUAAAUUGUACAAAAAGUGAAGAAAUAUGUGUGGACAAAGGCGUAAGACCUAGUUAGUCUAGACUUAAUUUAAUAUAGGAAAUAGACAAUUAAUUUGAGAAAAUUAAUUUUUUUUUGGUUAUUUUUGUUUCAUGUUUUUUCCAGUUGUUUGAUAUUUUUUUCCGCCUAUAAUAGCAAAUCCAGAACGAAUCUAUUAAAGAGGGCAGGCCAGCUGAUUUGUUUUUUUUUUCAUCGUGCACAUCAUAGAAUAACGAAACGUAUUACUUACGUUGAAAUUUGUAAUUGUUUUGUAAUUAAUUUAAAUUCAAAAGUUAUUAUGUACAUUUUCAAAUAAUUUCAAGCCGACAAAUAAAUUAACUUUUUUCUAUUUCACCUUCACCAAUAAACAAAGUCUAUGUUUUCUAUUUUGGCAUGGCAUUCUAAUAUACAAAAUCUUGUUGUUUGCCUAGUGCACCCCCUUUAAUGAACUCGCCUCAAAUAUAUUCGUUUGACAACCAUUUCCAUGGUGCGAAAAUAACUAUUGUUUAAAAUAUUUUAAACGAAAAAAUCACGAUGAGAAAGCUGUCGCACACAUAAACUUCCAAAUACGAAAAGUUUUAAGGUUAUGAGUUUUUUUCAUAUCCGUUUCGAUGUUAAAUAUUGAGGGCAAAAGUAAAGAGGCAUAAAUUAUUUUAAACUCAUGAAAUUAAAUUUAACCUAAUUUGUUAUUUUAUGACUUUAAUUUUUUAGCUAAAAUUUAAAUCAACUUAACUGUAAAUUUUAGCUUCUUAAGUUCCAGCCUCACGUAAAUUCAGAACGUUGAGAGGGGGGCUUACCAUAUCUUCGUUUUUAAAAUUCCUAAAAAUACAUGUUUGCAAAAAUUAUUUUUGGAAAGUAUUUAUUUGAUGAAGCUUUGGAUGUGGAAGAGGAGCCGUGCAGUUAAACGGAUGUCAAGCAGUUUUUUUAUGAGAGAUAUUUUGGCUGAUUUUCGUAACAGUUAAACUUGAACUUUUAUUUUUCUGUACUAAAAGAAAAGUUAAUGUAUGAGAGAAAAUUUAAUUAUCGUUAAAAAAAGUCAGCUUAAGACUUAAAAUGUGUAGGAAUAAAAGUCGUAUGCCUUAUUUUAUAGUAAUAUUUUCGAUAUAGUAGAAUAAUUAUAUUUUCUGUAGAGUUUUUUCUUUAAAGAAAAACCUGACU